AUGAAAUCUCUUUUUGCAAUUAUUAAGACAAAAGAUGAAGAUCGCAAAAUUUUAUAUGCAAAUGAAGAUCAAUUUAAUCUUGAUUAGGUGUUUAAUAUAAGAGAUGGAGAGAAUUCUGACAUUGUUACAUAUAGAGACAAAAUUACACAAUUUUUUUAACAAUAUUAAUAUUGUAAUACAAUAUUAAAUUUAGAAUAGUUGGACUCAUUCAAAAAAGCAAUUUUCUUGGUUAUUCAACUAAUUUCAUAAUUGAUUUUUUCUCUUAAGAAAGGAAAGCAUAAUGUCAUGAAUUAAUGAUAGAAGAUUUGAUAUUCUAUAUACAAAAUAUAAAAGAGCCAUUGUCCAUAACUCUUGUAUUGGUGAUAUAAAAGGAAAGUUAAUAUAAUUCUUAAUAUGCCUAAUAUUAUUUGACAUUCAUUAAAAAAUGUUUAUAAAAAAUAGAAAAUGAAUCCUAAGCUUUAACUAGAAUGUCUAAUCAUAUUAUACAAAAUGUAAAUAAAAAAAAAUAACAAUAGAUCAGUUUAUUUGAAAAAGAAAUUAAUUCAUAGAUUCCAGAAUAUGAAAAAUAAAAAUGUAAAUCUAUUUAAGUUAGAGAUAAUGUGACUAAUAUUGCUAAAAAAUACUUAGAUUAAUGUGAAUUAAGAAAAAAUUUGAAUCAAUUUUCUGAUGCAUUCACUAAGAAAAAAUUAAUAAAUUUCUUUCAAGUAAAAAAUUAAUAUUAUUAAGAUAUAAAUGACACCUCCUUAAUAGGAUUUAGUAUUAAAUCCAAUUUCAAUAGUAAUAAAACCUUAUUAAACCUUAUUGUUAGCUAAUUUUAUAGGAAAAGAUGAUAAUACAUAUAUAUCAUAGAGAUUUUUGAGUUUUAUUUAAAAAAUGCAACCUACAAAAUCAUUUUAAGAAAUGUCUAAUUUAUACUAUUUUUCAAUGAAUGAGAUUCAAGUAUAUGUAAACCAUAUAAUGAUAAAUAAUUAAAAUUAAAUGAGUUUACUUUUGAAUAAAAUAACAGAUGAUUCAUAUUUUACAAUAGCCUGCACAUAAACUCAUAAAAAGUUAGCAGAGAAAAUACCAUUGAAAUAAUAUGUUUCAUUUAUAAGAUGUCCUAUGAGUUCUUUAGAAUUAAGAUAGGAUAGAUUAAUAGAGAAAAUAGAUAGUCAAUUUUGUAAUAUUAUUGGAUUUAGAUUAAUAAGAGAAUGUUAGGUUUAUUUGUAUUAAAAAGAUCCUACUUUGAAUUUUAAAAGAGUAGAAGAUGAAAUCAAUAAAAUAGCUGCAGAAUUAACUAAGGCUAAAGAAAAAUAAGGAGAAAGAGAAAAAAAGUUUACUUAACUAAUUCGAUUCUAUUAAUCAUUAGUUAAAUUUUUAGGUAAACCUUACACUGUGUAAGAAAUAGCUUAUUAAAAGAAUAUGGAUAUUAGCAGACUUUGGGUACAUAUUCAUUGGCUUAAAUCUUUAGUUGGAUUUUAUUGUUUGUGA